GGCCACCCCCCCUCCCAUCUCGCGCCUUCGCUCUUGUGUCUCGAGUCGCUCGAGCCUGCUAGCCGUCCGUCGGUGUGUGUGUGUGUGUGUAUGUGUGUGUUGUUGUCGAAGCAAUGAUGGCGGCAGCGGGAUGCGGAUCAGCAACCGCGGCUGCCGGAGGAGGCCAAGGCGGAGCCGCCGCGGCCAGAGGUCGUUUCCCCGGUCGGCCUUGGUCCUCCCGCAGUCGCCUGCGCUCCGAGAAGCGCUGGCAACUGGGGCGCUCGGGCUUAGAAGCUGAUGAUGUGACUUGCGGAGGGCCAAGGCCCACGAACCUGGUUGUGUCGCUAAACGAAGACCAGUCUCACUUGCGCUUACUCGGAAUAGAGGCGAGCCACAAGACCCUUGGCCAGGCUGGGUACAGCUCUAGUGGGAGUGAAGAGGUGAGGUCCCAAACCGACUCAGGAGGCGAUGACUUCCAAGGUUUCGAAGCUCUUAGAAAAAGCCCCAAAGGAGCACCGUGGUCUCGGAAAAACCCUUCCAAAGGUGAUGUUAACCCAAAAUCUAAACGACGACGUGAGAAGGCAUUGCCGAUUAUUUCAGCUGAGGACAGAGUGCGUAUUACGCCGUCUGAGGAGGCAGCUGUUUGUCCACCUGAGCCUCUUCAAAAUGAACAUUCGGUGGAGGAGAAGCCCAUCGUGUCUUCCAAAUCAGAGUCGGCUAAAGGUUCCAAGAAACGUGCAAAAGUCAAGAAAGCGGCCGAUCAGGAGCUGACCAAAGGUGGAGCGUUGGGACAAGCCCCGAGGAUUACAAUAAAGUUGGUGGCGAAAAAGAAAGUUAAAACGGUAAAGGAAUCUCGUGAAAAGUCCGUCAAGAAGAUGAAGCUAAAACAAAUAGAGGUGAAGCCCCAAGCCGAGAACAUUCAGGCAGAAAACGUUUCUAGCGCUCAAGUUAAAUUAAAAACCGAACCGCCUAAAGAGGUCGCAGAUGAUAAAGUACCAGGGGCUCUCCCUGCAAGAAGACGCGGACGAUCUGCAUCAAAAGGGACGGUACCGACCGGCAACGUAUGUGCCAAAGUUGUGGCGGCUGACCAGAAAUCACAAGAGAGAAUUUCAGUAGUUCAACCCGACAUUGUUAAAGAAACCGUUGAGUCAAAAACAAACGCAAAGCAGCCAAAGCGUAAUCAACAAGCCACUCGGCGGAGCAAUCGAGUCACCAGCUUGCUCUCACAACCUGUCUCGGAGGCCGCUGCUGAACCACAAACUCCAGUGGAAAGCGAUACAAUUGUUGCAAAAGCAAAAGUGUCCAGAAAAUCCGAGUCAAAGGUUUCUUUAAGGAGGGGCAGACAGAGGCAAAGCAAAAGGCUAAACAAGGAUGUUCCACUGCCAGAAAACCACAGUCCGUCCUCCACAGUGACCGAUCCGUUAGCUGUGCAGCCCGGGGAUGGGUCACUCUCCAACCAGCAGGCGAGGGUCCCGAGUUUGAAGUUGAUAAAAAUGAGGAACCCCAAAUAUGAUGUGCAGUCCAGCGGGAAGGCAACCCGAAAAAAGAAGCGGAAGAAAUUCAUCUGGACUCUCUCGUUGGUUAAGUUUGUGAGUCCGACGCAGCCCGCUGAAAACACAGUCAAGCUUACGGAGAGGGUAUCUGAAACGGACCCGUCCACUCUGACUGACGGUGUCAACAAGGGUCUGACAGGGGUAGAGAAGCAGCUAGAGGUGGAAAACUCAGCCCCACACGAGAGCACCCCAACAGACAGUGAAACAAAAAACAAAGCAGAAGGAACGUGCGAGAAACUCUCUGCUUUGGAAGUGAAAGCUACGCAAGGUGGAAAGAUGGAAAGCUCUCCCCAAGAAGCCGCUGAACUGGAUUGCGGGAAAGUUGUCCCACCUUUCCAAAUAAAAAAGCUGUCCUCUCCUGGCAGACACAAAAAAUCCAAGAUGUCCUUUUUGGUUCAGCAGGUUAGCCCCGUGUCUGAAAAGAAAGACGACGCUCCUAAAGAGGUAGAAAAAGUUCAAGAGGUGAAAGCCCCCCCUCCGGAACAGGAUGUCGUGCCAACCAGGAGACUGCGGAGGAGAACGUUAAUGCUUGAUUCGCCUCCCAAAAAGUCAGCCGGUCAUAAAAUGCCGACGGCUACACCGAAGCGACGGUCGAGAACGGAUCCAGCAGUUGAAAAUACACCACAGGUGGAUGCUGAAUUACCUGCUCAGGUUUUAUCAGAAGAGUCCAGCUCACAAGUUCUCCCUGAAAACACCUCGCAGGAAAUGAGUGAAAAAUCCUCACAGCAGUCCAGCAUUCUUUCCGAUCCUCUCGAGAAGGAUUCCUCGCAGAUCACUGAUCCUCCCGUGGUGGUGCCCGUCGAAGCUUCGUCGCAGAAGACUGAGAAUGAGGCCGAACCACAAAUUAAUGAGGCCAAACCGUCGCCGGUGCCUCCGAAACCCAAGAGACGCCACAAUAAUAAUUUAGGCAAAAAGCGGUCCGCUCAGAGGAAGAAGGCAGUUGUACCGAAAGAAAGUGUGGUCAGUCAAGAGUUGAUCGCUGUUGAAUCUGCAAAUGCAGAGUCUCCACAAAAGGAAGACCAGGUUUCAGUGACAGAAGCCAGUCAGCCCGAGGCAAAAGAAAGCUUGGAGCCCGAGGAAAAGCAGGUCACCGCACCCGUGGAGGAAGAGCCGAGGGAGCCGCCAGUCAAAGAGGAAACAGACAUCCACUUGAUUGAUUGUCAGCCGCCGUUGGCUUUGGAAAGUCAAGCAAACGAUCCAGACGCGUUACGCCUGCAGAAGAAAUCCCACAAGAAAGGAAAAAAGAGGCGUAAAACUCUAAUUGGGCAGCGUCAGAAGCACAGACACAGGAACACAGAUGGAAAGUUUGCUCCUCUUAACGCAUCAGAAAGUCAGGUAACAUUUGAAAAGGAGCCGUCCGUCCAAUCAGAGGAUAGCGCUCCGGCCCUUGGUCCGAAACUUGUUGGCGUGCAUAAAAAGUACAAAAAGAGACCGUCUGCCAUUCCGUUUGACUUAAAAAGGCCGCAGCCAGAGUCUGUCCUUUCUACGCUGAUGGAAAUCGGGCUCGACAAAGAGGGCACCGAUUUGAAAGAGGAAGAGACCGAUGCGUUCGUGGAAGGGCCGAGAGCGGACGCUGCCGACGUGCCGCCGGGCAAGGCAAAGUUUGUCAAAAACAUCAAACACUUCAUCAUGCCCGUCGUAAGUGCACGGUCUUCUCGCGUGAUCAAGACCCCGCAGAGAUUCAUGGACGACGUCGGGAUGUCCAUGUUGCCGCGUAGGAACUCCCCCAAAAAAGGUUUGCAACUGGGCCUGCAAAUACGCACUGGGAAAAGGCGAGAUGAAGGGACGGGGCAGGCCACUUCCCCCAUCCUCGGGCUCGAAGAGGAGGACAUAUUGAGAGAAGCCCAACUGGAUCUAGACCUGCUUUCAGCAGAUGAUCUGGAUGACACAGCCGACAUAACUGACAGUUUGUUUUCGGAGGCAAAAAGUGCCAAAAUGGAGAAGAAGGGCUCUCUUUUGAAGGACUCAACUUUGAAGUGGGAUCUGCCUGCAGAGCUGACGGAGGAAAUUUUUACACCAGUCAAACCUCCACAGGAUGAAUGCGAGAAUCUGUUUUUAUCCCCCCCAGCUGAUAAACACAGGGAAGUCUUUUCUGCCGGCCUUUUGGAUGCUCAGAAAAAGAACCCCCCGCUCAAGUUUAACAAGCAAACGGCUCACUUUAAGAUUUAUCAACGACUGAACAAGUUGCACAAAGGACUUCCCCAAAGCAAAAGUGCAACGGAUGUGGAAAGUAGCAAGCCUCUUCAGUCGCCCGUUGAUUUAGCCGAAGGGCUUGACGACGAGGCCAUGAGCAUCAGCCUGAGGCAGCGCAACACUGACACCGUGAAAGAAAAAUCCAAGCUCAAGAUAGAAGAUCUAGGCGCGCCAGGAGUUGUGAGAAAAGUUUGUAUUAAAGCUACAAAGUCCGUGCCGCUCGCCGAUCGGGAUAGCGGAAAAGAGGAUCCGGCAGGGAAAGACGCUGUCAAGCUUCAGUCAGCCGAGCUGCCGUCGAUCAAGGAUGCGGCUGUGUGUGAAGACAACCAUCCUGCGUCUGUGGGGAAAGGAGCCUCCUCGCAGAGGGCACGUCUUACCGGCGCCAAUAAACGAAUGUUCAACCUGCUCAGAAAAGCCAAAGUCCAGCUCAUGAAGAUUGACCAGCAGAAACAGAUGAAGUCAUCAGGGCUGUUAUCUGGGCCAACCGGCAUCCGAGCGAGAAACUUGACCUCGAAGAGACAAAGAAGGAAGCAGACGGUGCAGCUUGAAACUGACGUUCCAAUCAAGACGGAGCCGCUUCAAGGACAACCACAGCUCAUCUCGCCACUGUGCCAAGAAUUCCGUCAAGCAGGAGGUCCACGCAUCAAGCAUGUGUGCCGCGCCGCUUCCGUGGUGCUCGGACAGCCUCGGGCCUUGGUGCCAGAUGACAUUCCCAGGCUCAGUGCGCUCCCUCUGCAUGAAAGGACCGGCAUCUCUCCCUCAGCAGUCGCUAAGGAUGUUGCAGACGGCUCGCUAUCAGAGUCUGACAGUCCGGAUUUCUCAGACUCCAAAGUCACAAAGGUCAAGAAGAGCUCCAACUUUGUGAAACGAAAAGGACUCGGGCCUUUUGGGUACCGCUCUCGCAGGUGUGGCGUGUGCAAGGGUUGCAACUACGAAGAGGAUUGUGGGACCUGCAUCAACUGCCUUGACAAACCCAAAUUUGGCGGUCCCAAUACCAAACGACAGUGUUGUGUGUACAAGAGAUGUGAUCAAAUCGAAGAGAGGAAAGCCCGCAGACUGAGCGGAAGAGCGGCACCCAAAGGUUCAAAACGACGACGAUCCUCUUUCAGUGGCGGGCAUUCAAGUAACGACGAAGAGAUGGAGGGAUUGGCAGACUCGCCUUCUGGCCUCCAGCCUGACAGUAAUAGUCCGUCUGUAAGGAAGCAGCCAAAACGUGUUGUAAAACCGCGUGUCUACUUUGACCUGGUGGACUAUGAUUCAGAUCUGGAUGAAAAGGACUUCAGCUCAGCUUCACCAGCAAGGAGGAGAGGCAACGGGCCUCGUUUGAGUCCAGACUUUGUUUCACUAGAUGGAUUCCUUGGAGAUAUAUCAGAUGAAGAGAUCCGCCAUCGGAAAUCUAGCUCACAUCGUGUGCCAUCUGUUCGACGCAAACCUGAGAAGGGCUUGUCAUCACAAGCUCCCUUUGAAGAGACUCCUCCAAGUGUCCUGGCUGCCCUAGCUAAUGGAUUUGAGCAGAGGGAGGUUGAGUCAUCGAAACCAACCCAUAAAAUCCGGGUCGACUUCAAGGAGGACUGCACUUUGGAGAAUGUUUGGAACAUGGGCGGUUUAAGCAUACUGACCUCUGCUCCUAACAUGCCAUCACAUGUGUGCCUACUUUGUGCCACUAAAGGGCAACACGAGAUGUUGCACUGCCAAGUUUGCUGUGAGCCCUUCCACUGGUUUUGCCUUGAAGAGGCUGAGCGCCCCUCAGUGGAGAACAAGGAAAACUGGUGUUGUCGUCACUGCAAGUUUUGCCACGUUUGUGGUGGAAAAAAUAAGCAAUCAAAGCCCUUGUUGGAGUGCGAAAGAUGUCAGAACUGCUAUCAUGCUUCCUGUCUCGGACCAAAUUAUCCAAAACAAAACAAGAAGAGGAAAGCCUGGGUUUGUAUGACCUGCAUCAGGUGUAAGAGUUGCGGGGUCACACCUGGGAAGAGCUGGGACAUUGACUGGAACCACGAUAAAGGACUCUGUCCAGACUGUUCACAACUUUAUGAACAGGGUAACUAUUGUCCAAUCUGCUUCAAGUGCUAUGAGGACAAUGACUACGACAGUCAGAUGAUGCAGUGUGGCACAUGUAACCACUGGGUACAUGCAAAGUGUGAGGACCUAACGGAUGAACUGUAUGAGAUCCUGUCCAGCUUGCCAGAGAGUGUGGUGUAUUCGUGUCGGCCAUGCAGUGUGACUCAGCCCAGUGCCUGGAGAGAAUUGCUCUACAUUGAGCUCCGAUCUGGAGUAGAGAAGGUUUUAGCCUGCUUGCUGUCUUCCACGCUGACACAGCACCUCGUUACCUGCUCCCAGUGUGAAAAGUUAGUGGGACCUGACAUUGGAAUCGAAGGACGACCCGCCUGUGAUCUCCGAGCUGUGGGCAAGAAAUUUGACAAGGGCCUUUACACAACAUUGAAAAUGUUCCAUGAAGAUGUAGUCCAGGUGGUGAAAAAGAGGCUUGAACAAGAAGAAAACCUCCCAGAAGAGCAAAGACCCACUGCCCUAGCACGCUCAUACUACUUAAAGCUACUGGAGGAGGUCUUCAAUUGGUUCAACGGCCAAGACCCAAAAGUGUGGAACCCGUGUACGAAAACUUUGCCCAUGGGGAUGCUGCCACAUGCUGUUCGUCCUCCUACCACGGAGCACGUCUAUGCCCAGUGGCAAGAGAGGCCUGAGCUACUAUCCAGAACUCCUAUGGAACUGUUUCUGGAUGACGAUGGACAAAGUCUAGAUGAAAGAAAAGAUGAGGUGGUUCCUCCAAUGUCUGCACAACAUACAAGCUGGAACCACUUCAAGGCCAGCAGUGCCUUCCGGCAUAAAUCUAAAGGAAAAAGGGGACGGCUUUCAAAAGCGGAUCUUGACACAGGCUGGUCGAGGGAUGAUGAGAGACAGUGCUCAUUGUGUCAAAAAUAUGGAGACCGCAAACCCAAUGAUGCAGGCCGGCUGUUGUAUCUGGGCCAGAACGAGUGGGCGCAUGUCAACUGCACUCUGUGGUCAGCGGAGGUGUUUGAAGAGGAAAAUGGUUCUUUAUUACACGUACACAGUGCUGUCACAAGGGGUCGCCUGAUGCGGUGUGAACGGUGCAACCAGACAGGUGCCACAGUUGGGUGCUGCCUGACUUCUUGUCAGAGCAACUAUCACUUUAUGUGUGCCCGGUCCCGUCACUGUGUCUUCCAGGAUGACAAGAAGGUCUACUGCCACAAACACAAGCAUCUGAUCAGCGGAAAGAUGAUAACCGGUCAGGAUUUUGAAGUAAACCGACGGGUGUAUGUGGAUUUUGAAGGCAUCAGCCUCCGUCGAAAGUUUUUGACUGGAUUGGAGCCAGAGUUAAUCAAUGUCAUGAUUGGUUCUUUACAAAUUGACAAACUUGGUGUCCUCUCAGAACUGUCUCCAAACAAAGGAAAGUUGUUUCCUGUGGGAUUUCGGUGUUCUCGCUGGUACUGGAGCACCUUCAAUCCUUUGCAAAAAUGCAAAUAUACAUGCACUGUCCGGGAGGUCCAACCUGUAAUACCAGAGAAACCCAUUGAGGAGAUGCCCGACCAAGGAGACAAUCACACCAUUGAGCACAACCCCUGUCCAUUUUUGGAAUCCAAGACCCGAGUGACCGAUUUAUCAGAAUCCCAGCUCCAACCUGAGGAAGCUCCUGUUACAGUUCAAUCUACAAAACCAGAUCAUGCAUUAAAGCCAAAGAUUCCCAGCUAUCCACAAACCAGGAGACCAGCUGGAGGAUUGUCUCGACCUUUACCAUCUCCAGGAGCAAUACCAAUAAAACCUCACCACAUACUAACAGUUAGUGAUCUGGAAGAGACCCGUAGGGCUCGACGCCACAACCCCCACUCGUUGACAACAGGUCUACGCAGUAACAUGCCUCCUGCUCCUCUGGGACCCCCAACUGGACCAGUCACUCUUCGUGCAGGGAAAUCUUCUCUUCCAACUUCCCCGCUGUUUUCAAGUGCUACUUCAGACAACCUGAUCAAUUCUUCAUCACCUCGCCCAGUUGGGGGCAGAGGUGCUUCCGCAGUCCGUUGCCCUGGAAACGCCAAGACCCAUUGUGCCUCAUCUUUUUUUCCUCAGUCUCCCUGGCAGGACAGUACGACAUUUGCACCUCCAACACUGUCUUUCUCUCCAUCCCUACACAAUUUACCCAGAAAUCGGUUAUCGUUUGAUCUGAGCCAAUCAGAUUCUGUUGAAGUGCCGCACAAUUUCUUGGCAUCACCAGAGCCGGAAGACGUCUCUCCCGCUAACGGCACGUCACCUCAGAGGGACUUGGACGAACAGAAAGAUGAAGACCAAUUUACUUUUACUUCAUUUCACAAGGAUCCCAACAUGACUCUGGGACAGGAGAUGAGGACAGAAUUGGAGAUUGAAGAGACAAUCCUGAAUGAAGUUGUGGCUAUGAACUGUGGUGGACAAAUAGUGGUGGAAGGGGAUGAUCAGGAAGAAUUUUGGGGUCGAGGCCAAGAGGUACAGAAAAGAAAGUCCCUUGUUGCCAGUCUGCCGCGGUCGGCAGCCUCAGGGAGAAAUGACUUGGACAACACCUCCUCUGAUGACGAUAUGGAACAUUACUUUGACUUCUCUCGGACUAUUGUUAGCUGUCCCGGGUCUAAAGAUCACUCCAGGUCUCCCACAUCUGCUUCCUCUCGGAACAUGGCUCAACUGGAUGGUGUAGAUGAUGGACAAGAGAGUGAUGCAAGCAUCUCUCCAAGUGAUGACCCUCAGAAAGUUGGUGGUUCGGGUAAAAAGAUUCCAACCAAGAACCUAACAAACAGUGAUGUCCCCGAAUCAGAAACGUCUACCAGUACCGAUCUGAAUCAGAAUGUCAAAUUCCCAUGCAGUUACAAGCACAAAGAUUCUUCGUUUCUGACUAUCUCAUCUACAAUCAGUAAACCCAUAGAAACAUUUAAAAAUCCUCCAGGAACCUCAAAAGAGAUCAGCUCGGGGUUGGUCUCCCUACAAAAGCCUGUGGCCUCUACUUACAAUGUGGAAAAUGCUGACAGAAAGCAGGAAGGUCUGCUUCCUUCACUUGAGGAGGUCCCUAAUUCACUGACAAGGGUGCCUGAGAGCUCCAGUUCGGAGGAUUCUCUAAAGAGUUCCUGUAAAAAGUUGGCUUCUGGAACACCUGCUGCUGUUGCGAAUCAUGACUGUAAUCCACAUUCAGGAGAGAUGGUUCCUGUUUCAGAAUGUACCCAACAAGCAGAACUGUCCAAACCCCUGAAGUCAAAAUCUGUCGUGCAAUCAGCUGAAGGCUGUGCUGUGUUUGGGAACCACAUACCAGGAAACUCUGUGGCAAAUUCCGCCGACAAUGCCCAGCGUGCCCUAAAAUCGACAUAUGUGCAGUGUCCCUCCCAAGGACCUACAGACGCUCUUCAGAUGUACUCCAGUUUGCCAUCGUUCACGCAGCCCUCUCUCACAAGUAUCACACUACAGAGAGUAAAUUCAUCACAAGAUUCAACUUUUGAGCAAAAGGACCCAUUGUCGGACAAAUUAACCCCUUUAACGCCUGUUAGAGACCCAACACAGCCUCUGCACAAUUUCGCACCCCAAAGCAAGCCCCUGUUACCAGGAACAUGUGUCCAAGGAGAAACCUCUGGUACCAUCUCGGUACCCUUGCAAUCCAUACAGGCACAGCCUUUGGGUUCGACAGCUAUCACUAUUGUUUCUUCCUCUGCUUCAGUAUCUUCUCUCCCUGGAGUUAGUGUACCUGCUCCAACAUCAUUCCAAACCACCUCAUCCCCUAUGAUUUUAAAUGGGUACAAUUCUCCCUCCUCUGGUCACACAAUCUCGAUCAACUUUUCUACACCGAGGCCUGCUUUAGAACCUCAGCAACCGGUGGUGACUGCAGCUCUGCCUGGUCAUGCCAUUCUUACUGUGAAGGAAGUGGGAGGUCCAAAUGUGGACUCAACACCUCAUGUCCUGUUGGUAAACCGUCUUGGGCAGAUUUUUGUAAAGAACCCAGAAAGCAACACAUUCCAGCUGCCAAAUCCUAAUGCUCCAUCCUUUAACUGCGUCACUCAGAUCGCCAGUCUUUUGCAAAGCAAUGCACUGUCCGCCACACUAGCGGCAGCCGGAAACAUGUCUACUCCGCCACCCGGGACAAGCCAACCGCUGUCAACCGGUUCCGUGACCGCCACCAUUGCGGAGCAGAUUCCGACCACAGUCACACAGUUGCUCACUCACAAUAGCAAUGGGGCAUUGUCAUCAAUUAACGUGAAGAAGCCAAAAAAGAAUACAAAAAAACCCAAAGAUGAAACCAGCUCAGAAAAGAAAAAGUCAAAGAAAAAGAAAGAGUCCAGUGCGUCAAAAAAAUCCAAGUCCUCCAAGACAGUGGCACAGUCGACUUUGUCAACAAAGGGUUCAGACGUAUCUCCUGCGGAGAGUGCCGAAGCAAUUAUCAACCAAGCAAUGGCAAGCAACUACACUCCCAAGUGGAGCGGACUGCGUACGCUAAGCCCUUCGUCACUGGUUUUGCCUCCCGGCCUUCUCAUUGAGCCCGAGCCUCCGACGCCGUGUUCCAAAACAGCACCUACUCCUGCAUCCCGCCCUCGCACACACGUCCGCAUGAAGAGAGUGUCGUCGCUUUCCGACCGUAUUGUCACAAAGAAGUCGAAAGUGGAUUUCCUAACUUCUGAAACUACCAGCGAGGAUGAGUGCAACCGGCCAAGCGUACCAAGUGUCUCCUGCAGGGCCUCUGGAGUUCGCAUCAAGACUCCGACUGUCAAAGGAAUACUAAACCUGGAUGAGUUGAAGCAGGAGCGUCAAAGUGAUUCUGAAAGCUCCGGGUGUGAACCUUGGGACUGUAUGUCCCGAGCUGAAUACGGCACGCAGCAAACUUUGGAGCCUGUCGGUCACAGCACCUUUAUUGACUGGAAGAAAUACUCUGGCGCCGGUUCCGCCUCGGACGACGACUCACCGCCGUCCGACGACGACAAGGAGUGUUUGCCGAACAAAGAUCAGCCGCACUUGCGAUUCCACAUAAGCAGCGAUGAUGGCUUCAGCGUGGAGGCCGACACGGUUGAGGUGGCUUGGAAAGCGGUGAUCGAUGGCGUGCAGGAGGCGCGAGCGAUCGCAAAGUUGAGACCUCUGGCUUUCCAGAGGAUCACCGGUGCCCGAAUGCUCGGUCUGCUCCAUGACGCCGUGGUCUUCCUGCUGGAACAACUUCAAGGAGCGCACCGCUGCCAACAUCACGCAUUCCGUUUCUUCAAGCAGCUCAGCCAGGAAGAUGAUCUGCCUGUCAAUCCCACCGGCUGUGCCCGCUCUGAACUCUACCUUAGGAAAUCCACAUUUGACAUGUUCAACUUCCUGGCUUCUCAGCAUCGGCAGCUUCCUGACAUUGGGUCUUAUGACGAUGAAGAAGAUGAUGUUCUUUUGAAGUCCACGAGACGGGCAACUAGUUUGGAAUUGCCAAUGGCCAUGCGCUUCAGACAUUUGGAGAGGACAUCAAAAGAGGCUGUGGGCGUGUACAGGUCUGCAAUCCACGGACGUGGACUCUUCUGCAAGAGGAACAUCGACGCGGGCGAGAUGGUCAUCGAGUAUGCCGGCAUUGUCAUUCGCUCGGUGCUCACUGACGAAAGGGAGAAGUACUAUGAUGGCAAGGGUAUUGGCUGUUACAUGUUCCGCAUCGAUGAUUUUGACGUGGUGGACGCGACCAUGCACGGCAACGCGGCCAGGUUCAUCAACCACUCGUGCGAGCCCAACUGCUACUCGCGGGUGAUCAACGUGGAGGGCCGCAAGCACAUCGUCAUCUUCGCGUUGAGGAAGAUCUACAGGGGAGAGGAGCUCACCUACGACUACAAGUUCCCCAUCGAGGACGCCAGCAACAAGCUCAACUGCAACUGCGGGGCCCGGCGCUGUCGACGUUUCCUCAACUGAGCGGUUGGUCGUCGUUUGAGACGGAGAGAUUCUUUUGUUUACGAGAAAGCCUUAAAUUAAGGUGGCACUGGAUGGAGCUCCCGACAUGUCGAAGGCACUCAGCGCGGAACGGGAAUUAGCCACUUUUGAGACAAGUUGACAUUGUUCCGGAGGAGCAGACGAAGAGGAUGUCCUACACUGAUGCGUGUUCGAAGGGGUACCCCAAGGCUGCCUGUGACGACGCCUCACCUUUUGAUUAUUUAUAAUAUGGUUGGGGGCCAUAUUUCUCGGAUACACACAUCAAGCCUUAUCUGUUGAAAAUCAACGGCGAAAAGCUACCGCUUGGCUUCGAGCGAUACCUUAAAUUUUGGUCUUUUUUUCCAGAGGAGAGGACACGUCUUUCUGUAAUCCCUUUGUAAUCUUUGCUCCAUCUGCUAGUUGACGGGAACAUUAAUGCCCAUCUGUGUUGUAGUGAGGUCAGUUCUUCAGCCAUACAUUUCACCUGAACCUUAUUUUAUUUUUAUUUUUGUGGCCGUUUAACCCCCGCACCCCCUUCCUUCCAGGUGACAAACACGGUGCUAAGCAUCGAGAGGUAUUCUCAGGACUGAGACGUCCUGCGGAUUAUGAUUGGUUUAGCCCGGGUGAUCACCGUUUUCAGAACACGUAUUUUAAAUAAAUGCUCUCUGGCAGUACUUAACAACAUUGGAUAACUCGUCAUCUUCUCUGUCCAUUUUUGGGGAGAAACGUUUCAGUGAAAUGAAUAGGCUUAUCUGAUGUACAGUGUAUGUAGCAAAACACUACCCAAACCAAAACGUUUUAGAAAUGUAUUUAUUCGGCUCUACUUUUUCGCUAUUCCGGCGAGCCUGCCCCACCCUUGCACAUUGUCGGCCGGACGGAUUCCCGUUUUUGCGACACCCGCUACGGUUUUCUGUAAAUCGGGAAGAGAGUGCUGGUGUAAAAUUGCCACUAAGUGUGUGCGUUGGGCUCCCCGACAGGCUUUUUUUUGCACCGCAACGAGCCGUCGAUGUGGAAAGCGGAGCCGCCGGGGAGAACGCACUCGGCGCCUAAUUUUAGGUAAUUAAGGAAUUGUUGUUCUUAGUGAUGUUCAGUACUGUCUUUUAAUGAGCGUAAUUGAAUUCACACUGUUUGAAAUUAGUUGUGAUAUUUAUUCGCAUAUUUGGUUUUUACUUCUAAUGGUGAGAAGUUGUUUUAUAUAAAUGGUGGUGGGUGUACAGCUCCCAUUUGUAGUGCCCAUUCUGUUGUUUGGUUUACAAGUUUUGUACUUUGUUUUAAUUUACUUGAAUUUUCUGUUGAGGCAAUCGAGUAAUACAUUUAUGGCCUUAUUUUUGAAAAAUUUUGAACCAGGUAUUUUUAAAGUAUCUUUUAUUUCUUUUUUUCUUUUUUUUUGUGACAACUGACGGUCUUGGAGAUUGCCACAGAACUAAAUUGAGCACUGUUUGCCUCCUUAAUCCCGCGAUGACCUAACCGUGACCCCAUCCCACCCCCCACCCCCCCAAAAAAUAAUUUUUGAGCAGAAUUUCAAUGUUUGUGUCAACCUCUGUGUCCAUUUUGCAUGUCCAAUCACUGAGAUGGAGCCCAGGUUAAGUGUCAAUCACCUAUCUUGGAAAAAAAAAAAGUAAGAGAGUCGCUCACAACUCAUUGCAAGGAUUCUACCUCAGCUGUCACGACAGAUGUUUGGGAAUACUGAUGCAAAAACGGAGGAUAACUCAGUUUUCAUGUCUGCAGAGCUGGUGUGUGUGCUUGUCAAGCACUUGACUUUGUGUCAUUUUAGAUGUGUGUGUGUGUGUGUGUGUGUUUGUGGUUUCAAUGAAGGAUGCAAAAUUGUAAUCAAACCUGUCUAAAAGAAAAGAGAGAGGAAAAAAACCCAUCAAGACCAUCUUGCCCAGAAUCUGUUAAGAAAGCUAUAUGUUCUAUAUAUACACACACACACACACACAUAUAUAUAUAAAUAUAUGAAUAUAUAUAGUAGGGUUAUUUUAAAGUAAGUUUAAAAGACAAAUGAGGAAAAUUGUGAUCUUUAAAUUUAUGUCUUUGUUACCAUGUAAAAAUAAACCCUGAGUUUGUAAAUAUUUGUACACGUAUUUCUAAACCCGUUUAAUUUUUCUAUGCACUUUUUUUAUUUAUAUUAUUUGUCUAAAUAAAGAUGUUAAG